CGGCUACUGAGUGCAUGUAACUCUGGCAAACCAGUAAAUGAAUUUAUGAAAGAAUGUUAUAUGAGAGAUGUGAUUUAUGGAGUUGCAAAUGCUUGGCAGUCAGUAGAAUCAUCAACAUUGAAAAACGGAUGGCAUUUGUGGCCAGCUUUAUUGUUCAGUUCUGCACCUGGUGAGGAAAUUGGAAAUGAAUUUACGGGAUUUAGGGUUUCAAGUCAAAAUCAGAUUGUACGUGAACUGCUUUCUUAUGCUCAAGAUCUCGGUAAUCCUACUGCGAAGGAAGCUGCAUCGAGGCUGGAUGCAGAUAACAUUAACGAGUGGAUGGGUGUUGAUGAUGAUGAAUCAACUGUUCAUCAUUAUACUGACGUUGAAAUUGUUCAGAUGGUUGUAAAUCCAAAGACAAACAGCAGUGGGGGAGAAAGUAAUGAUGAAAACUAGGAAGAGGUAGCUGAAAGAGUGUCCAUUGAUAAGUUAGUUGAGCUGACAGGUGAAUUGAUAAAAGGUCUCGAACAACGCACUUUUGUUACUGAACAGGAAAUAAUGAAUGUUUACAUGUUACAAGAAAAACUAAUCAAAGAAAGACCAAAAUACAUGAAACAGGUUAGCUUGCAGGAUAUGUUCAGAAAAAUAGCAGAGAAAUCUGUAAGACAGGAGUCAACACUUUUUAGAUGAAACACACGACAGUCUUGAUGACCCCCUGCUUUCAGGCAUGUAACUCUGCUUAGUUGUACAAUCCAACUCUUUACUUUGGAAGUGGCAAUAACCAACCUUCUGAUGUAAGUAAAUACAGAUACCUUGUGUUAACGCUCAUAGGAGCGUUAUUGAUUUGGGUUGGAGAAUAAGACCCUCAACGAUGACACGUACCAUAUAAUUCGUUCAAAACCUGUUAAAGAACAAUUCACAUAUAACAAAUGCUGUUAUCUCAGGACACACAGUAUGAAUAAUACAAU